GCGAUACCGCCAAAUGCCACUCGACGCACUCGACGGUAUCCCGGGGCCCGGGCUCGGCUCGCAGUUAUAAAGGCUGAGGGUCGCGUGCACCUCAUACUGCAACGCCAACCCCACAGACGUAGCCAUGAUCGCCGCCCUGGUCAUCGUCGCCCUCGUGGCCUCCGCUCAGGCCUACCCUGGCAGCGACCCUCUCGAACAGAUGCUGUCCGUCCAGUACGAAAACAACAACAACAACCUGUUGACGAACUUCGGCAACUCCGCCACCUGCCUCGUCGCCAAGAUCUUCGAGGUGAAAGACGCCAUCGACGAAGCCAAGAAGGACCUGCCCCUCCUGCUUAACAUCCCCCCUCUGCUCCUCGCCAACCUCGCCAAGUGCCAGCCCACCGACGACUGGCUCGACUGCCGGAUGCAGGCCAUUCGCGACACCUGGGAGGGCACCCAGAAGGAUCGCGACCAGCUCGCCGCGGGAGGUGCCAAGAUCCUCAAGGCCGUGCAGGACAUCCUGGUGUGCUUCCAGGACGACAAGGUCCAGGCCAGGAACGGAGCCAUUCGCAUCCAGACCUUCCCCGCCCGCAUCGAGCAGUAGGCCUAACUGUUGAUGACGAACAAUAAAAGUAAAUGGGGGUGGUUACCACCCAUUUCCCACCUGUA